ACCUUUUGUUCCAAAUUUUCCCCUCCUUCCCCUUACCCCCUUCCCUAGAUGGCAGGUUGUCCAAUAUAUGUUACAUAUGUUGAAAUACAUGUUAGAUCCAAUAUAUGUAUACAUAUUUAUACAGUUAUUUUGCUGCACAAGAAAAAUUGGCUCAAAAAGGAAAAAAAAAACUGGGAAAGAAAAUAAAAUGCAAGCAAAUAACAACAGAGAGAGUGAGAAUGCUAUGUUGUGAUCCACACUCAGCUCCCACAGGCCUCUCUCUGGGUAUCCAUCUCUCUUCAUCACUGAGCAAGUGGAACUAGUUGGAAUCCUCUCAUUGUUGAAGAGAGCCACAUCCAUCAGAAUUGACCAUUGUAUAAUCUUGUUUUUGCCAUGUAUAAUGAUCUUCUGGUUCUGUUCAUUUCACUCAGCAUCAGUUCAUGUAAGUCUCUCCAGCCCUCUCUGUAUUCAUCCUGAUCAUCAUUUCUUAUAGAAUAAUAAUAUUUAAUAACAUUUAUAUACUAUAAUUUAUUCAGCCAUUCUCCAAUUGUUGGGCAUCCAUUCAAUUUCCACUUUCUUGCCACUACAAAAAGGGCUGCCACAAACAUUUUUGCACAUGGUAGUCUGUUUCCCUUCUUUAAGAUCUCCUUGGUAUAUAAGCCCAGUAGUAACACUGCUGGAUCAAAGGGUAGGCACAGUCUGAUAACUUUUUGAGCAUAGUUCCAAAUUGCUCUCCAGAAUGGUUGGAUCCAUUCACAACUCUACCAGCAAUGUAUCAGAGUCCCAGUUUCCUCAUCCUCUCCAACAUUUGUCAUUAUCUUUUCCUGUCAUUUUAGCCAAUCUCAUAGGUGUGUAGUGGUAUCUCAGAGUUGUCUUCAUUUCCAUUUCUUUGAUCAAUAGUGAUUUGGAGCAUAUUUUUGUGUGACUACAUGUAGCUUCAAUUCCUUCAUCUGAAAAUUCCAUUCAUAUCCUUUGAUCAUUUAUCAAUUGGAGAAUGGCUUGAACUAUUAUAAAUUUGAGUCAGUUCUCUAUAUAUUUUAGAAAUGACUUUAUCAGAUCCUUUGGAUGUAAAAGUGUUUUCCCAAUUUAUUGCUUCUCUUCUAAUCUUGUCUGCAUUAGUUUUGUUUGUACAAAACCUUUUUAACUUAAUAUAAUCAAAAUUAUCUAUUUUGUGAUGGAUAAUGAUCUCUAGUUCUUUGAUCACAAAUUCCUUCCUUCUCCACAAAUCUGAGCGGUAAACUAUCCUAUGUUCUAAUUUAUUUAUAAUAUUAUUCUUUAUGUCUAGAUCAUGAACUCAUUUCGACCUUAUUUUAGUAUACAGUGUUGGUGUGGGUCUAUAACAUAUACUUUCUCUAUAGUGUCUGUGUAUAUAUAUAGUAGAAAGCAAUAAAGCAUAAAUGAAAAAGGCUAUGGGUGUGGCUUGAAUGCCAUGCUGAGCAUUUUGUAUUUGAUCAUGGAGGCAAUAUAGAAACACUGGAAUUUAUUGAGUUAAGGAUGUGAGAUUAAAUUAAUAUUAGCAAAUCACUAAAGCAGUAGUGGUUUUGGUCCCAGGACUCCUUUCCAUUGCUAAAAACUAUUGAGGAUCCCAAAGGGUUUUUAUUUAUGUGAGUUAUAUUUAUAUUUAUCAUUUACAAAAUCUUUUAAAAAAUUAAAUCAUUGAAAAUAAUUUAUAUGCUAACAUAAAUAACAUUUUCAUGAAAGAUAUGAAAGAAUAUGAAUAAAUAUAAGAAUAUUCCCAAAGUAUAAGUUUUAUUGAAUACAGGUGCAUACACACAGAGACAUAGAACAAUUUCUACCUAAAAUGGAACCAUAUAGACAAAGCAGUUCCCUAAUUAACUUAGUCCUUCCUCAAAACCCACAGCACUCCCUUUUCCAAAUGCUACAAUUACAGCAUAUGACUUAGACUUUUAAUUUUCUGAGACAGUAAUGACACUUUGGCAAGAAUCCACUCUUCAUCUUCUCAUUUACAGAGAAAGAGUUCAGUAACACAGAAAGAUACUUGCUCAGGCUAGAUCCUUUUUGGAGGCCCCCAAUUCCAUCAUUUUCCUGCUCUCCACAUCCAGCCAAUUGAGCAGCCUUGUCCAGUCUGUCUCCUUCACACCCUUUUCUUCAUUCACAUAAGGCCACCCUACUGCACAGUCUAUUGUAAUCGUCUCCUUGUUGGUGUCCUGCUUCCAGUUUCUUUUUGCUCUACUCCAUUCUUCCAUAGGGGCCAAAGUAAUCUCCUUAAGUGCACAGCUGAGCUUUCUCAGCCUUCAGGGGAUCCCUGAAUCUCUGCCAUGGGCAGCUCUUUGACUCCAGCCUCUCCUUCCAGAUUUCUUUCAUGCUGCAGUUUCCUUCAGGCAAUCCAUGGUCUCUUCCUCCAGCAGGACAUUUCUUUCCCACCUCACCUCUACUUCAUGGCCUCCCCCCAUAGGAGAGAGAAUGCUGACUGAGAAUCCCUGGCCUUCUCCUCCGCUCAGAUGCCUUCUGCCCAGCUCUUUCCAGGACCCCUUGAGCCCUAAACUUACCUUUGGUCUCCUCUGGACGUUGCCUUGUGUACCUACUUAUAAGCUGGUGUUCUUUCAUAAGGACCUGAGCUCUGUGAGGGCUCGGACUAUUUGUGUCUUUUCUUUGUGUAAUUCUAUUACAGUAGACAGGAAGUUGAAAGCCUAGGGGCCAUAUCAUGGUACCCUUUCCUUCUGCUUAGGGGGGUUUAUACUAGAUUGGAGUACAAUCAUCAUCACCUCAACCCCCACGGGGGAAAAUCCCUACAUUUUGGCAGAGGUUGGCCCUUCUGCCUAAUUUGCAUUUAUAUCCAUCUUUAAUAAUUCCUCACUUCUGUGGUUCCCAGGAACCAGACCGUUGACAGGCUGCAGAAGAAGCGGGGGAAGGAACAGAAUUUUCUUGGUACUUCGUUAGCCUCCGAAGGGGUGGGUGCUGCUGGUGGGCUCUGUCUUCUGCCUGGAGAUCCCUCUAUGACCUCCCUCGGGUCUUCUUCCUUGACCCCACGUCACUGCCGCUUUUGCCUUAGAGCCAAACCAGCUCUAUUUCUAAGCUAGCUCUAGAACCUUGGGCAAAAGCUUCCUGGGGCGUGGCCAAGCUCUGAGCCAAUCAAAACAGGCUUCCUGCCGCCCCUAGUUCUGAUGGAUUCAAACAAGAAGGGUUCGAAUCUCACUACUUCGUUCUUAAGUUAAUGUUGCUCUUUCCAACGGACCAAGAAGCCCUUGGAACAAAUAUAUAGUCAGAUCAUCAGCCAUGAGGUGUGUGUGUUUGUGUGGUCUCCGCGUGCAGCCCGAAUCCAUCACCUCUCCCUCAAGGGGUGACCGACAGGCUCCGCCCCGGAACGCGGAGUCCUUCAGUUCCUUUGUAAGCUUCACCUCUCUCCCGCUGCCUCAUUCCGCACAAACGGCCCCAGACUCCCUAACUCGCAGUAGCACCGCCCCCCCCCGCACCCCCUCGCAGCCUCUGGGCGAAGGCCGGGCAGCUGGGGGCACGUCAGGGAGGCCAGGUUGGGCUCUGGGGGGCGGACAUUAGCCAGCUCUGGCCCGUCUCUCUGAGCCGAGCAUUUUCCAGCCUUGUGUCGUUUAGGUUUCUUCCUAGAAACCCCCUCCUCAAAUAAUACGUUUUUAAUGAAAAUGAAGAGAAUAAAACAGCAAAACGGACGCGCCAAGUAUGAAAAUGUGUGCGGUGUGCAUUGCCCGGCCCUCCCCGCGCCGCGCGGAGCCCUUAUGGAGGCUUCCCCUAUGCACGGCACUGGGCCCGGCGCUCUCCGGGAGGGGCUCAGCAGCGUGACAAGUGUCUCGUCGGUUUUUUGGCUGGACCCCCCGGAGAGGGCCCAAGACUCUUGGUGCCUUCCUUUCCUUGGGCCCCGCUGGCGCGUCCAGAGUCCCCAGGAGCAAGCGGCGCUGACGCCGCAACUCCCCGCAGGGGGGGAGGGGGAGCUUCACCGAGACUCAGUCCACCUUGCCCAGAUCGGCUAAGUGGGCUCUGCACAUGCGCAGCACUGAACCGGGGCGGCGGACUCCAUUUCCCAGAAGGCCUGACGGGCGCGUCCUUCGUCUCCUGCAGGGUUCCGACGCGGCGUGUGAGAGGAGCGGGGGGAGGAAAAGGGGAGGAGGGAGGAGGGAAAAGAGAAGAGGACUCCGUCAUUUCCGCUACGUCAGGGCCUCGUCAUCCUGUGCGUUUUCGUUGUCGCCGGUUCCGUUGGGCCGCGGAACCCGAAUCCAGAGUAAGCUACGGCCGACCGGAGCUUUCAGAGAGGGGGAGAGGAACAGGGUUGGCCGUGAGUGCGCAGUCCGAGCUCGAAAGCCCCGCCCCCUAGGCCAGCGUGCGCGCCCAUUGGUCAGCGCCCCUUAUUCUCCCCGCCCACUGGGCGUCUCCGCGGCGUUCCCACACCUACCGGGACACCCCUUGGUCCCCCAGGAUCCCCACUGUCUUAGCGGGCCGUGCGCUCCCCUUAACGCAGGUUCAAGACCCAGAGUAUCCUGGCUGAGGUUUGGAGUCAGGCCUCGGAGGUCCCCUUGGAGGAACGCCUCCUGUCCCUCCCCCUCCAUCUCAUGAACUGUCCCAGGUCGUGCCCCCCUGGUGUCUGUUCCCCCCACCUCCACCCCAGUCCUGGCUCGGCCACGCCCCCUUAUUACAGGUAGCCCUGAGGCUCCGGCCUGCCCCCCCAAGCCCGGGGUCCUGCUGCUCUGAGGGACCCCCCCAGACCACGUGACCACUCUCUGGGGUCUGAUUGUGAAUCCGCCCCUCACUGGUUGGGGGGUACGUGGGAGCCCUCCCAGCCCCCCCGUGACCUCCCAGGUUUGGGGCCCUCCCCACACCCCCAGAGUCCCUGGCCCUAGGACUAGGUGAGGCCUUAAGCGCCCCGGGGGACCUCCGCCCUUCCUCUUUCUUCAUUCCUGCUUUCCCGGGGAGUCCCCGAGGGCAGGCGCGGAGCCAGUGAGCGUGGAGAGAUGGAUGGGCUGGGGGGCGCUGGGGGGAGGGGAGCACCACCGUGUGGGGAAGAAUACAGAGCCUGCCCCUGUGGGGGCUCCCUGCUCCGCUAGGGGGCUCCAUGUUCCUGGUGGGCUCCAGGCUCCUGGGGGGACUCGGGUCUGCCCCGUGGGACCCCAUCCUCUCCUUCUGUCUGGACCUUUUCUGUCUCGGGCAGGGAAUCUCUCCGUAUCCCCCCCAGACCCUUCCUUACAGCCUGGCAGACCCUCCCCAGGCCCCCGGGGUUUGCCUUUUUGUGGACUUGUGCCCUUUGGGCUCCUUUGACCCCGCUCAGUGUGGAGGAGCUCCGUUUGUCUCCAUCUUUUUCUGGCCCCGACGUUCCUGCUGGGAACCCCUCGGCCGACCUCGGGGUCCCUGAAUCCAGGGGUCCGGGAGGGCGGGGCCUGGCCUGCCCUUCUCAGCCCGUCCUUUUCCUCCGCAGGCCGGCCUUGGCCCAAUUCCACCUUUCCGGAAGUUGAGGGCGGCCCGAGGAAGGUGGGAUGGCUGCCAAGCCCCCAGCACGCGGGGCCUGUCGGGGCUCCGUGACCUUCCGGGACGUGGCCGUGGACUUUUCCCGGGAGGAGUGGGGGCAGCUGGGCCCGGGCCAGAAGGAGCUGUACCGGGAGGUGAUGCUGGAGAACUACCGGAACCUGGUGGGCCUGGGGCUUGCUGUCUCCAGUGCCCACGUGGUCUGCCAGCUGGAGCGAGGGGAAGGACCGUGGGUGCCCGAGGGAGACGCCCCAGGAAGCAGCCGAGCAGUUUUGGAAACUAGACUUGCAACCAAGGAGUCAGCCUCACAUCCGAGACUUCUGUCACAAGAAUCAUCUCAGGAAAGACUAGAAAGGGAUCAUCCCUGUGACUUCAAUUGGAGAGAAACUCGCAAAUGUGGUGCUAGUUUUGAGAGGCAGCAGAACAAGGAGAAGAAUGCCCCUAGAUAUGACAUACAUACAGAGACCAAGUGUAAUGAAUAUGGGAAACCCUUUAAUUACAUAUCAGAACUCAUAGAAUAUAAUAUGCCAGCUCAUACUAGAGAGAAAUGUUAUGAGUAUAAGGAAUAUGGGAAGGCCUUUUCCAGGAACUUACAGUUUAUUGAAAGUAAGAAAAUUCAUCCUGGAGAGAAGCUUUGUGAAUGUAAAUUAUGUGGGAAGGCCUUCUGCCACUGCUCAAAGCUUGAUCAACAUCAGGUGCUUCAUACUAGAGAAAAAGCUUAUGUAUGCAAUGGCUAUGAGAAAGGCUUCCACCAGAGAUCAGCACUUAUUCAACAUCAAACUAUUCGUUCAGGAGAAAGACCUUUGGAAUACAGUGAAUCUGGGAAAAUCUUCGGUUCAGGGUUCACAGGACAUCAACGAAAUCACACUGGAGAGAAGCCUUAUGAAUGUAUUGACUGUGGGAAGACUUUCCAUCAUAGAACAGGACUUACUGAACAUCAGAGAAUUCAUAGUGGGGAGAGAGCUUAUGAAUGUUAUGAAUGUGGGAAAGCUUUCUGCCAGAAACCAGGACUUAUUCAGCAUCAGAGGAUUCAUACUGGAGAGAAACCUUAUGAGUGUAAGGAAUGUGGAAAGGCCUUCUGUAGGAAUUCACAGCUUACUGAACAUAAGAGAAUUCAUACUGGAGAGAAACCUUAUGAAUGCGGUGAAUGUGGAAAGGUCUUCCGACAGCGCUCAAAGCUUACUAGACAUCAGAUAAUUCAUACCAGAGAGAAAAUUUAUAUAUGUAGUGACUGUGGGAAAGCCUUCCACCAGAGUUCAGCACUUAUUCAGCAUCAAACAAUUCAUACUGGAGAAAAACCUUAUGAAUGUAAUGAAUGUGGGAAGGCCUUUAGCUUGAGCACACGAUUAUUUAUACAUCAGCGAAUUCAUACUGGAGAGAAACCUUAUGAAUGUAGGAACUGUGGGAAAACCUUUCAUCAUAGAACAGGACUUACUGAACAUCAGAGAAUUCAUACUGGAGAGAGAGCUUAUGAAUGUUAUGAAUGUGGGAAAGCCUUCUGCCAGAGAGCAGGACUUACUCAGCAUCAGAGAAUUCAUACCAGAGAGAAACCCUAUGAGUGUAAGGAAUGUGGGAAGACUUUUUGCCAGAGAAUAGGACUUACCCAACAUGAGAGAAUUCAUACUGGAGAAAAACCUUAUGAAUGUAAUGAAUGUGGGAAAGCCUUCCGAGUGAGAACACAGCUUACUCAACAUCAAAUUAUUCAUACUGGAGAAAAACCUUAUGAAUGUAAUGAAUGUGGGAAGACUUUCUGCCAGAGCUCACAGCUUACUAGACAUCAGAUAAUUCAUACUGGAGAAAAACCAUAUGAAUGCAAUGAAUGUGGGAAGGCUUUUCGAAGAAGUGCUGGGCUUAAUCGACAUCAAACAAUUCAUACUGGAGAAAAGCCUUUUGAAUGUAAAGAAUGUGGAAAGGCCUUUAGGCUUAGCACAGCAUUGACAGAACAUCAGAGAAUUCACACUGGAGAAAAACCUUUUGAAUGUAAUGAAUGUGGAAAAGCCUUUCGUCUGAGCAUAGGACUUACUGAGCAUCAGAGAAAUCACACAGGAGAGAAACCGUAUGAAUGCCGUGAAUGUGGGAAGGCCUUCAGUCAGAGUACACAACUUAAUCGACAUCAGAGAAUUCAUACUGGAGAGAAACCAUAUGAAUGUAAUGAAUGUGGGAAGGCUUUUGGCCAAAGAUCACAUCUUACUCAACAUCAGACAGUUCAUACUGGGGAGAAGCCUUAUGAAUGUAAUGAAUGUGGGAAAGCUUUUAGUCGAAGUACAGGGCUUACAGGACAUCUGAGAAUUCACACUGGAGAGAAACCUUAUGAGUGCAGUGAAUGUGGAAAGACCUUUCGCCUAAAGACAGGACUUGCUGAACAUCAGCGAAUUCACACUGGAGAGAAACCGUAUCAGUGUAAUGAAUGUGGGAAUAACUUUCGCCUGAGCAAACAGCUUACUCAGCAUUACAGAAUUCAUACUGGAGAGACACCUCAUGAAGACCUUGAAUUUUCUCUGUAAUGCUCCUGCUCUGGUUCCUGGACUUGCACACAAUCCCAGGAGAAGCCAGCCAAGGGAAGGCGGUAUAAAGAAAGUCACACCUGGAGAGAAGUUGGGAGCAAAGAGCACCGCCAUUCCAAAAGUGGGAGCCAGUGUGGAGGGAAUAACUAGUUUUCCUAAGUCAGUACUCUGCACACUACACAGCUACCAGCCAAACACCAACAGGUGUUAAAGAGAGACUUGCCUGAGGAAUUUUUUAACUUUUAAAAACUUUUCCUCAAUUUAGAAUCAUAAUGUUUUAAUCCCUUCUCCCUGCUAUUCUGGAGCCUAUAAUUUUUUCUUUUUUCCUUUUUAAAAUAAUUUUAUGCCUGAAUUUGUUUUGAUGGAUUGAUUUUGGAGUUUAAUAAACUUUUCUUUUUAUAAAGUA